GAUUAGCUCAGAACGCAGGAAAGAGAAGUCAAGAGAUGCCGCCCGGUGCCGGAGGAGCAAGGAAUCGGAAGUAUUCUAUGAGCUUGCUCAUCAGCUGCCCCUGCCCCACACUGUGAGCGCACACCUGGACAAGGCAUCCAUUAUGAGACUGACCAUCAGCUACUUGCGCAUGAGAAAGCUGCUAGAUGCUGGUGAGCUGGAGACAGAAGCCAAAAUGGAGAAGGAACUGAACUGUUUCUACUUGAAAGCUCUUGAUGGAUUUGUCAUGGUUCUGUCUGAAGAUGGGGACAUGAUUUAUAUGUCUGAAAACGUGAACAAGUGUAUGGGACUCACUCAGUUUGAGUUGACGGGGCACAGUGUAUUUGAUUUCACUCAUCCAUGUGACCAUGAAGAGCUGAGAGAAAUGCUCACACACAGAAAUGGUCCUGUGAAAAAGGGUAAAGAGCAAAACACGGAGCGCAGCUUUUUUCUCAGAAUGAAGUGUACACUGACUAGCAGGGGAAGAACAGUGAAUAUAAAGUCUGCUACGUGGAAG